AUGGACUACUACAAUAAUCUCGACGAUUCGUCCACCGAAAGCACCUCGUGCAGUGUAUCCGUCCCCUCGGCCAGUCCUGUGCCUCGAUGGCUCGAUGCCCAGACCGGUUCUUUCUCUCUCCCCGAAUACCCAGAGCUCUGGGUGCAUGCCGAUUUUGUACCUCCCGACUAUCACUGCCAUCCAACUUUAAGGCCUCAUCAAGCCCUCGCACACCCUGGCACACUCAGUCCGGAUCAAUUGGUCGUCCCCGACAUGGCACUAACCGAGAUCGAUCUGUCCGCCGGAGAACUUAUCCCCCAGAUGGAGACAAAUACCCCCUAUAAUCUCGGAUCGACAGGCUCACUCCGUCCCUCCCCCUCCAUUCCAGGGUCGCAACAAACAGCUUCUCUCCAUAUCCCGACAGUAAUUACUGGUCACCUCGAACCGACCUCCCAUUCACAGUCUCCCCGAACAAAGCAACGAACACGGAGGAGACUCAUCACGGAGGAUUCUGGGACAAGUGACGGUUCGCCUGCCGACUCGGAGGAAGAACGUCUUCUUGAGAAACGGCGACGGAACAAGAUGGCAUCGCGCCGACUAAGACAGAAGCAUCUCGACCACGUGUCCGACCUGGAGUCGCGACUGGAUCGGGUCACGCAGGAGCGCAACGAGCUGCGGUUACAAGUCGCUAAAUGGGAGGGAGAAGUUACGGUGUUGAGGAAAUUGCUGGAUCGGAAAAUAGGCGGGUGA